AUGCCCCUUUACCGAUUGCUUGAGCAAUAUAGUGGACCGCGGUGGCAUCGCGGCGGAUUUCAACCGGAGUAUCGAAUCUACGAGCUGAACAAGAGGCUACAACAACGAGCAGACGAAAGCGACAGUCAGUGGUGGGAGGCCUUUGCAACAGAUUUUUUUGACGACGAUGCUACAAUUACGAUCACUGUGCGCCUGGAGGACGGUCCGAAGCACUUUAAUAUUGGUCGAACUCUCAUUCCACGUUACUUUCGCAGUAUAUUUGAGAGCGGUUGCAAUGAGCUCUACUUCAACUUGCGUCACACUCGAGAGUCCUUUCAUAAUUCCAUAUUGACUUUGGAAUCAGAUUGCGCCAGUAUGGUCAUGAAUAUGGCUCGACCUUUUCCUGCCACUGUUUUUGUGGAUGCCCAGUUCACUCUGGGAUUCACUCUGGACGAGCUUAUGCGAAUUCGUAGUUGGACUUUUCAAAUUCGGUCUCACCGAGAACUGAUAGUGCGAUCUGUGCUUGGAGUCCAAGAUCCUAUGGUGUUCGAACAGAUUUCGAAAAAUGUCACCAGAUCGGGUAUUCUAGCCAAUACGCUGCAUUUCCUCCGUCUCUGUGUGAUUCUCGAACCCAUGCAAGAGCUGAUGUCUCGGCACAAAUUUCAGAACCUAUCUCCUCGUGAUUGCCUUCGCAACAUCGUCAUGAAUCGAUGGAAGCGUAUGGCAACUAUCCCAAAUCAACCUACGAAAGCUGAGUCCAACCGACAAACAAACAAAAGGCGGAAACGGAAGGGCUCAUCUGCCAACUCUGAAACUGGAGGAGGUCGGGCUACGAAACGCAAACAAUCGCCUGUGCCUCUACCUCCGCAGAGUUUAGCUCAACCCGGGGACAUACUGAUCGUGGGUGAGCCAACGCUAAUGGGCGGUGAGUUCGGGGAGGAUGAUGAGCGAAUGAUCACACGUUUGGAAAACAGUCAAUACGAUCCAGCAGCUGCUGCUGCAGCUCUAGCAGCCCAACAACAACAACAACAGUUGAACGCAAUGGGUGGAGGGAUGCAACCUCAACAGCAGCAACACCAUCAUCAUCCCACCACAACUUCUGGAAUGUCACCUUUCAGUCGUCCGCCUUCAUUCCCACCUGCUUUUCCUCCUGGUGGUGGAGCGCAGUCCUCUUCACCAAUGAUGUAUGCGCCUGGACUGCCCUACGCACCGCCUGCACCGCAACAGCCACCUUCCUCCUCACCUUCAAUGAAGUCACACCAAUCGCCGCUUUAUGGUCACCCCAAUAGCGUGCCACCACAACCACCACCUUCGUCUAUACCAUACGGUGGGAGCGGUGGAGGAGGCGGUCCUCCAGGUAGCGGUGGUCCGAUGAUGCCUGCCAGUGUUCCCCCUCCUCAUGUUGGUGCUAGUGGCGGUCGAAUCAUGUCUCCGAUGGGCCCUGUUGGUAUGGGCAACCCCUCUACGCCUCUUGGAUCGGGUGGGCCGAAUUUAAGCAACGCAUCCAUGAUGUUUGCCCCUCCGCCAAGCUUAGCAGACUCUGAGCCUGGGGGUGUUGUCGGAAGUGGUGGUGGAAUGGGUCAACAGCCUCCUCGUUCCAGCAGUGCAUCAUCUCUAAACACCACUGGCCUUCCACCUGCCUUCCCUCCACCCCCCGAAGGCGUUACUCCUCCCCCAAAUCUGCAACAGCAGCAACAGCAAAACGGUCCAGUUACCUUCCAGGCCCAAAAGAGCCCCACUCUUAGCAGUCCUGGUGUCUCUGUCACCGGUUCCCUUCAGUUCCCUCCUCCGUUGACCUCCCAUUUCGAUUCCACAGCUGUCAGUAGCGGAGGUAGAGCUCCUACCCCUAGACUACAGCCUGCCAGUGUUUCGGGGCAACAGCUAUCUGAUGGUUCUGGUCCGGGAUCGAUAGGUCGGUCAGACACACCUAAUCCGAACGGUUUCUCAGGCAACGUGCCAUCAUUAUUGAGUGAGACUGUUCCUGCAUCUACCGCUUCUUCAAGCACUACCUCCUCCUCAUGUGUCUCCAUAGUUCCAAACACUCUCUCCGCCUCCUCCCACCCAGCUCCCAAUGGAUCUGGAGUAGUUAUGCCUGCACCCUCCUCAUGUCAAGGUGGUGCUGGUGGGGAUGCCUCGGUCUCAACAGUGCCGGUUCAGUAG